AUGAAUCAAAUAAUGUUCGACGGGCCUUGGGCUCCGAUAAAUGAAGCACACGCAGAUCAAGGAAAUAUUAAGGCUCGGUUCACGUGUAUCAAAUCUAAAUAUAGUAACCAGCGACGCCGUAGCGUUGACAACGUGGAGGCUUACGACAUAAAGCCCGUGGAUAAAUUUGUUUGUGAAAAUUCUUCCAAUUCAUCUUUAACAAUGUUGGACUUGAGUUAUAGUACCAUUUCUGUUAUUGAGAAAAACAGUUUUAAGAAUUUUAUUAAUUUAAAUUAUCUUUCCCUGGCUUACAACAAAAUGCCAACCUUUACAAAGCCAAUGUUCGCGGGACUUGGAAAUCUCAAAGUUUUAAUUAUUUCACAUAAUUUAAUAUCAUUUUUAGAAAACUCAACGUUUGACUAUUUGAAGCAACUUGAGACAUUAGACAUAAGCAAAAACCCAUUGCUCGGGUAUUGCUUUAAAAACUUUCCUAAAGAUUUGUUUUCCCCUUUGGUUAACCUAAAGCAAUUAUAUCUUCAAGGUAAUGCAAAUGUCACAUUUGAUCAAUACCCUAAUCAAGCUCUUAAGCUUCUUAAACGCUUAAAUAUACUUGGUGUUGACGGCCUUAACAAUUCCUCCUUCAACACUGAUUUAAAAUUCCUGAACAACUUAAUCUGGAUACAAAUUGGUCUUUAUGGCACUAAAUGUUCCAUUAAGAACUUUCAGGAUGAUUUCUUUGAAAACACGCCUUACCUAACAAACUUAAAAGUUUGGGAGACGCAAGGAAUAGUUCUACCCCCCAACCUAAAACACUUGCAUGCUUUUCGAUUCACACAAUUCGGUCUGAUCCUGUUGUUUCAGGAGAUCCGAAACAAAUCCUCGUUGUACAAGGUGGACUUCUCAUCCAGCUACACACCUGAAUGGGGUCAAGGUGUACUCCCCUCAACGGUGACUUACGCGAAUUUUGGAGCGAACUAUUGCCGUAAUUUGACCAAACGCUUUUUUGAAAACAAUACAGUUUUGACGAAUUUAAGAAUCAAUGAUAAUUUGUUAGCAGAAGUCAUUGCUGCUGAUCAGAAAGGAGACAUCUUUUCUACCUUAGACAAACUUGAACUUCUCGAUUUAGCCGAAAAUAUAAUUUACGAACUUCCGUUCCCAAUUAUGUCUAAACUACAAAACCUUAAAAUCAUAGAUCUCUCAACAAAUAAAAUAUCGACUUUGAAUGUUAGUCUUGCAAACUGCAGCCGUCUAACUUACAUUGACCUGAGCAGAAACUCUAUCUCCUGGAUCACCAGGAACACACUUGAUGACCUUGACACCAUUGCUGCUAACCACACAAUUUAUCUGGACCUAACCUUUAAUCCUCUGCCCUGUACGUGUAAAGGUUUACCCAUCAUAUUUUGGCUGGCACACACGAAUGUUUAUUUGCUAAGUAAAGAUUUUCUUACAUGCAGUGAUGAGGACAAUAAUUAUAUUAAAAUGGGCAAUGCCGAGAAGAUGCUGAAAACGCUCCAAAUUCAUUGUGUUUCAAAGGAACUGACGUUAUUCAUUUGUUUGUUCAGUGCUGUGUGUAUAGCCCUUGUUGUAUUGCUGCUAACCAUGUACAGGUUCAGAUGGAGGCUGAGAUAUUUAAGGACCGUAGCGAUAGGAAAACUGUUGGGGUUUGAGUCGACGCUACCCAACAACCUGCGCUACAAGUACGACGCCUACAUACUGUACACAGACGAGACGCGGAGCUUUGUGCUGCAGGACUGUGUGCAGGAGCUGGAGGUCAACAGGGGUCACAGGCUGUGUAUUGAAGAGCGGGACUUCAUGCCGGGUACCUACACCGUGUCGGCUAUUGUCAGUGCCGUCCAGAACAGCGCCAAGACCGUGCCGGUGGUCACGCCCGAGUUCUACGACGGUGAGUACGCGGAAUACGGCUUAAAAAUGGCGGUCAUGGAGGAGAUCUUCAGCAGACGAUCAGUCCUUCACCUCUGUAUUUACAAGCCAGUGUCUGCAGACGACAUGUCACGUGAUCUCCUGUCUGUGUUGAGGAAAAACCGUUUCACGGAGUUCCCGGCAGACGAUGAGAUGACCCCUGAGGCUCGACUAACUUUCUGGAACCAAAUGUCAAGGUCCAUCUCACAUAAUCCAGCAGAAGACUAG